AAUUCCGCUUUUGCUUUGGACGAAGAUCCACAGAUGAUGUCUUCCAGUAGUGUGAGAACAACAACAGAAGCCUUUAAAGUUGUUGGGAGUGUCUUAUAUUUCACUACUUUCAGUGUUGAUAAACUUGGACAGCCUCUGGUAAAUGAAAACCCCCAGCUGACCGAUGGAUGGGAUGUCCCAACUUAUCAGCAAGUCUUCAACCAAGUCAUUGGAACUGAUGGCCAGGAAAUAGAAAUGAAAGACAAAAGACCCAAGUCUAUGUGUUUCAACUGUGGUUCAAGCAGUCACCAGCUGAGAGAUUGUCCCAAGCCUAAAGACAUGGCUGCAAUUAAUGAGAGAAGAAAGGAGUUCAAUCAGAGCAACAACCAAGCCAUGCAGAGUAACCAGAGAUACCAUGCUGAUGAAGUGGAGGAGCGGUUUGCCAAAUACAAGCCUGGAGUCAUGAGUGAGGAGCUGCUGACAGCUCUGGGCAUUGAUGAGAACACCCUACCUCCUCUGAUCUAUCGCAUGAGGCAGCUAGGUUACCCACCAGGUUGGCUCAAAGAGGCAGAGAUGGAAAACUCUGGCUUAUCACUGUAUGACGGAAAUGCAUCAAGUGAUGGCACUGUAACUGACAACACUAAUUCACAAAACCUGUCAUAUGAUGUUUCCAAACUGGUGGAUUUCCCAGGUUUCAAUGUAGCCGCACCACACAAAAUGAAAGAUGAGUUCCUGCAUUAUGGUUCAAUUCCAAUGCAGAGCAGCCACAUGAAGCAAAACUAUGCAGCCUACCUGUCCAGCUUCUUUCCCACGCCUGGUGCCGCCUCCAGCAAGAGAAGACAUGAAUUUGACUCAUCUCCACAGCUGAGGAAGAGGAGUAAGUUUAGCCCGGACCGGACCCCAGACAGGAGCUCGGACAUGGAUAUUGAAUCAGAUCCAGGAACACCUCAUCAAAUUCACAGCUCUGAUGAUUUCCAGUUCCAGCCACCACUGCCUCCUGGCUCUCCUUGCUUUAGUUCUCCUCCGCCUUUACCACAGGGCACUCCUCCUGCUACACCCACCCCCCCACCUCUCCCUAAAGGUACACCUCCACUUACUCCCACCAACGGCUCUCCAGCUGUGCGAGGGCGUGACUGGGUGGUGGUUGAUGAGACUGGGGAGGGAACAGAGGAUGACCUGACACUGGAGGAACUGGAGGAGCAGCAGAGACUGAUCUGGGCAGCUCUAGAAAAUGCUGACAUGGCCUCUAACAGUGACUGUGAGACACCUGCCGCACAAACUCCUGUACCAAGUUCACCAAGUGUAUCCACAUCUGCACACGCGGACACAGAAACUGAAGACACGGAUGAAGGAAUGGACUCAAUAAAACCUGAAGAACCUUCCCUAAGCAAAGAAAAUCAACCGGAAGUUCAAGAGGGUUUGUCAUUAAGCCCGGGACCAGUCAAAGUUAAGGACGAUAGCCCUCAGAGUCCCGAACCAGCCGAAAUCCAGGAAAGCACCCCUCAGAGUCCCGAGCCAGUGAAAACCCAAGACAGCAUCCCUCAGAGUCCCGAGCCAGUGAAAACUCAGGACAGCACCCCUCAGAGUCCCGAGCUAGUUAAAACUCAGGACAGCACCCCUCAGAGU